UUCCUUGUGUGUCAAUGGACCCAAAGUCCUUCUUUAUGUUCUUUUCCUUUCUUUUCUUUUCUUUAUAUAAUAUUCCCAAUUUCUUUUAGUUGAGGAUUAUUAAAGCCCCAACACAAACACCUCAAUUUUUAUAUGUACCAAUCACUCACAUAGUUUCUCUAUCUCUACUACACAGCUCUGGAAGAACCUCUAUCAUCAUGGAACACCAUAUCAACCUAGAGAGUGAUGCUCAUGACAACUUGCUCAGCUCAUCUUCUUCCUCUACCUCUACCUCUACCUCUACCUCCUCUUCCUCCUCUUCUUCAACAACAAAAAACAAUUCAUGUACCAUCAACCAAAACACCAAACACUCUCUAAGAGGCUCAAAAAGAGCACAAGAGUCCAAUGAAAGUGAGCAUAGAAAGCAGCCUAGAACUACUAAAGAUGACAGUGAUGGCAAGCACCCCACAUACAGAGGAGUAAGAAUGCGCAAUUGGGGCAAAUGGGUGUCUGAAAUUAGGGAGCCAAGGAAGAAAUCAAGAAUAUGGCUUGGUACAUACCCUACAGCUGAAAUGGCAGCUCGAGCUCAUGAUGUAGCUACUCUUGCAAUCAAAGGUAGCUCAGCUUAUCUCAAUUUCCCUGAAUUGGCUCAAGAGCUUCCCAGGCCAGACAGCAAGUCUCCGAAGGACAUACAAGCCGCGGCUGCCAAGGCGGCUGCAGCCACAUUCUUGGAGCCUAAACAGUGUGAGCACGAAGCUGAAGCCAAAGCUGAGCUGAGCCAAGCCGAGUAUCUUCAACCUGGCUUGGAUUCGUCAACAAAUUUAUCCAUGGACAACACACAAGAUUCAACAUUUUCACCUUCAACUGAUGAUGAUGAUACACUGUUUGACCUACCAGAUCUUUUCAUCGACGGCAGGGAUCGAAGUGACAAUGGAUUUUGCUAUUAUUCAUCAUCAUGGCAGCUGUGUGCAGCUGAUACUGGGUUUCGGCUUGAAGAACCAUAUUUAUGGGAGUACUACUAGCUAGCUAGAGAAUGUACUUUUUGUCAGCAACGCCAUUUAUGUCACUGCAUUCUCUAGACAACAAGAGAAACCCAGCUGGGAAAUAGUUGCCAUUUGAGCAUUUUCCAGAUGGAUUGGUUUCAAGUCUAGCUAUUUUGGCUCAAAUUUUGAUUUUGCAGAGAUUGGAAAAAGAGAGUGUACAUUUUACAUCUCUUGUUUGCUUGCAUUUCCCCAUAAAAGAGAGGGCUUAAAUCUUUCAUUCCACUGUAUUAUAUCAGCAUAAGUACAAAUAAUAAAUGAGAAUUUAAUC